CAGACAUCACGAGCAUUUUAUGCUAAAGAUGUAAAGUUUCACGGGUGAAGAAAGAAAACCUCGAUCGCUAGCAUGCGAGUUAGGACUUCGUGGAAAGUCCAGACGUGUUAUCCAGACUGUACAUAAAAAUAUAUUUCAGAGCUACUGAACAAGAUACCUUUUGUAUAUCACUAAUGUAACAGUUUGGUUGUAUUUGGACGUGGAGUGGUGUGUUGACUAUUGAUUGUGCCAAUGUCGUCUUUUCAACAGGCUACAGUUCUCUCUCUCACGGCGGAGCUCCCACAAUUAGAAUGAAUCUCUUUUAAGGUUAAUUCGACACAUCGGAUGCUCGUGAAGAUGACGAUGUGGAUGGAUUCAUCGGUCGUUCUUCUUUUACUAAUUCUCUUCUGUCACCCCCAAGGUAAAAAACUGAACGUUCUGCCCAGGGAAGACAUGAACGACGACUUUUGAACCAGCUUCUCAAGAACUACAACGCUAUGGAACGACCUGUAGCGAAUGAAUCAGAACCUCUAAUACUUAGUUUUGGGCUUACUCUACAACAGCUGAUAGAUGUGGUACGAAUUUUUAUUGCUAUAAUUUAUUUUAUGGACGAAAAGAGCCAAAUAAUUACGUCAAAUUUGUGGUUAAACAUGGAGUGGAUCGAUUCAAAUCUAAGUUGGAAUUCUUCCCAGUACGGCGGAAUUAAAGACAUCCGAAUGAAUCCAAAGUUUCUAUGGAAACCAGACAUUCUUAUGUACAACAGUGCCGAUGAAAGAAUCGAUAGCACCAUCCCUACGAACGUGGUUGUACAACACAACGGAACAUGCACAUAUAUCCCACCGGGAAUUUUCAAAAGCACAUGCAAGAUUGAUAUCAUGUGGUUUCCUUUCGAUGACCAGCAGUGCAUAAUGAAGUUUGGUUCAUGGACCUACGAUGGACGAGCACUGGAUUUGCGGCUUUAUAGCGAAGAGGCAGAUAUGUCCGCCUAUAUUGAUAACGGAGAAUGGAUCCUAUUAGGUUUUAGGGGUAAACGUAACGUCAUAUUUUACACGUGUUGUCCAGAGCCGUACGUGGAUAUUACCUUCACUCUGCACAUUAGAAGAAGAACCCUGUACCAUGGAUUCAAUUUAAUCAUUCCCUGUGUGCUAAUUUCUUCUAUGGCCUUACUAGGUUUUGCUCUUCCUCCGGAUUCUGGAGAAAAACUCACACUUGGUGUCACCAUUCUUCUUUCCCUUACAGUCUUCAUGUUGCAGUUGGCUCAAACACUUCCUCCAACAUCAGACGCAGUAUCAAUUAUUGGGACCUACUUUGCCUGCACCAUGAUCAUGGUAGCUUUUUCCGUGGUAAUGACGGUCGUUGUUCUUAACUACCAUCACCGUAACUCUGAUACUCAUGAGAUGCCGCAAUGUAUUAAAACAUUGUUCUUAAAAUGGCUUCCAUUUUUCCUGCGGAUGAAGCGACGUGGAAGGAAGACGAAUUCACGACAUGUGUUUUUCAAAAAUAAGAUGAAAGAGUUGGACAGGAAAGAAAGGUCUUCUAGAAGUUUGAUCGCCAAUGUUUUAGAUAUCGAUGAUGACUUUCGCUCCCAUAACAGUACCACAAGCUACUUAUCAGUCCGCACUAACGAAGAGACGGUGAACAGUCACGUCUGUGGAGUUACGCAAAAAGAAAUUAGUACAAUUAUUCGGGAACUCCGAUUUAUAACCAACCGCUUGAAAACUGAAGAUGAAGCAACUGUAAUUAUAAACGAGUGGAAAUUUGCUGCAAUGGUGAUGGACAGAGUUUGUUUGAUUCUUUUCACUUUAUUUACACUCCUUUCAACAUUUGCGUGCCUUUUUACAGCGCCACACCUUGUCGCUUAAUUAAUAUCAUAAAGGUAUUGUCACUGUAUCAGCAUACUAGUAAGAUAUUCAGUGAAUGGUACAUUUAAUCGGAUGGAUUAAAAUUUACACAACAUGAAUAUAUAUUUAAAUCAACCGAGAUUCGAUCGCUUGGGUUCGUAUUUUGGUCGUAUAGGUUUCAUCUACUUUAAGAUGUAGAUAUAGCUGUGGGAAAAAAGUAGGCGUUUUUUUUUCUUGUAGUUUCCGCAUAGCUCACCAAGUAACGCUUUGUCAAAAGUUUAUGUGCCAGGAUUAAACGGGCAUAGAAUGAUUCAAUUAGAAUUUACAAAAAUAUUAUUUUGGACUUUUUAAAAACAUUUCAAACUUGUUAAAAAGUUAUCUAUUACUUUUUACUGGGUUUUUAAUCACAAAGCUUCCAAUGCUGUUUUUAAAACAAGACACACUUUUAAGAUAAAGCAUUGCUCAUAUGCUUUCUAAUUAUAUGUAAUAUGCGAAUUUCAACGUUCCGUUAUUACUGAAACUUAAUAUAAAAUGAGAAGUAUUGUUUCCUGGUAUCUCAUUUUUUUCAUGCCGAAUUACUGUCUGCAGCUUUUAUUGUGGUGUGUACAACCACUAAAUUCUGAAAAGAAAAUAAGAAAAAAGAAUUUUAACGAAUAACAAAAAAUCAUCAUGAAUUUUAUACUUACAAAAGAAAGUUUUCCAUUGGUAAGUAUUCAAAUAUUUACACUCAAUCAUUGAGAGUGAACAUCGAAAACUAAAAAUAAUGCAUUUUACUAUUUGUAAUGCGGACAAUAGUAGUAACUACGUAACUAAGUUACAACGAUCGAUCUAAAGUUAAUAAUAAUUACAAUUAACUUAUUUAAUCUAGCUCAUGAAAGCUGAUGAUGUAUAUAGCGCCUAGACCAUAGUAUGACUAUAUUACCCUAGCCUGUCUGACGAUACUUCUUAUUGAGCAAAAGGCCUCGUCGGUAUUGAUUAUGGCAGAUUUAAUGUGGUUGACAUAUUUAUUCCUUACUUUCACUCAUAAAUUCUUAGAAUUUUCAGUAAAUGAUGAAUUAAAUGAGUGACAAAACUAUAAACAAAAGAUACAGAGAUUUGCUGUAGUGAACAAUUAUUUAAAAUGUAUUCACGUCGAAGCAAGAUUUCGUGAACACGAAAAAGCUACUGAACUCCUAAAUGUUGCUAUGUUAGUUAGUUAUCAUGACUUGGAUAUUACGGAGUCGUCCAAAAGUAUGUGUUUUAUACAAAUACAUUUAUGGAAAAAUAUACAUUAGGGUUGAAUUAUUAAGAAUGACUAAA